AUGGCCAACGUAUCUCCUUCUCACCCAGAGCUUAGAAGCCUUCACAGCCAUCUGCUAUCUAUCCACGACUCUAUAUCCCACUUCCAACCUCCAGUCAAAAGGCCUCCAAUCCUCGAUUCAUCUCUUGAAGUCAUCCAAAAUCCAGCUGAAGACACUCAUUGGCUCCAACACGACAACAUUCCCGGCCUCAAAAAGCUUAAGGAAUCCAUCAAAGUUGAUCUAGAUGCUUUAGACAAGUUUCUUGACGAUCCAGAUUCUAGCAACCUACCAUCACUUUCGACGAAUGCGCCGUAUCUUAUCGCUGUAUGGAACGAGGUGCUUUGUGCUCGAGCCCCUGUGAUUUGCGUUUUCAAGUCCUUUUUCGUGACUGCGGAAGAUGCUGGUAAUAACAAGCCAAAUCAAGGACCCCGUACGCAGGGCACCAAAGUUGACGUUGUGGCUGAUUGUGGUAGGCAAUGGAUAAGGAUCAAUACUAUCAAAAAUUCUAGAAUUUUGGCUGAAUUCCGUGAAAUCGACUCUUAUUUGACGGAUGACGAGUCAUCGUCGGACGAGGAAGAAGAAGAUUAUCGGCCUAGCUUAGCUCAAAAAGAAUUUGAUAAUUCGGUCUUGCGGAUGGGCAGAUCGCUUGUAGCUGCAGCGAAGAUGAAUCCGGUCCAUCUGCCGGUCUCUCAUCCUUCUUUCGAGAGAAUAAUCCCACAGAUCACUCUCUGCCUUACUCGUUUGAACCCAAAUACAGAGCCUACAGACCCUCGUAUCGCGCAGACUAUCCAAGACCUCAUAGAUAUGGGCAUCAAUGUACAUUUAGGUGAACGUACCCUAGAUGAGAUUCCGGAGGUGCAGCCAAGCACUGUACCUCAUCCAUCUUCUUUCAUAAUUGAGCCCACUACUAGAAUCAACCUCGACUUAUCCGUUCUCAUCGCUCUCGUUUCUGAUCUGACCCACGCUCCACUCCCAACGACCAUCGACGAGGCAAAUAGUCGGUUCAUUCCCCCCGAGCGAUAUCUCGAAUGGAAGAGGAAAGUCAAUGCGACCAAAGCUAAGGCGAAGAAAGCGCUUGACCCGGACUUUCAUGAUGAGGAUUUCGAGUUAUCGCUCCCUGCGCAGGAGGAUAUGGCCAAGACCUCCCGUGCUUUGACGAAUCAGGUUCUACAGGAGAUGGAGAAGGGUUUGUUGCAAGAGAUUGCCGACAGGCUUGAUGUACUUCAGCCCAAUGUGCCGUCCGACGAAAAGAAACCGAUCGAAUUCUGGACAACGCCAGAAGCCCGCGAUCGAUGUUUCCGUAUCGUGUCCAAAGUGGGAGGUCUGAAGGAAAAGCGUCGUGUACAAGGGCUCUUAUUUGAUUCCUCUGCAUCCACUGGCGAACAAUUAUCAGAAGCCAUUGAUACACUGGACAAGGCGCAAGAGGCGUAUUGGUCAGAUUCUCGAUAUCCACAAAAUUUCCUUUCUUUGAUACCACUACGAUUCUACCCUGUAUCUUCUGCGCCGACUUCGUCUUCACAUCCUUUAUUGGCUACGACCUCAAUCUCGGACGCGCCACUUUCUGCAGUGGAUGGUAAUCCUCCGUUCUUCCGAUCGCUACACACUACCUGCUCUGAUAUAUUGGAAUACGAAAAACACAAUCGGUCCAACGGCGAUGAACCUGAUAAUGUGCCAAUGUCCAUCUCUGGUUUUGCGCGCGCCACAAUAACCAAAGCCAGCCCUCGUCUCACUGCUCAUACUGUUCAAAGUCUCGCGUGGGGCUCUGCCUUGGGGUGGACCACGUUGACAGCUAAUCGGACGAGCGUGAAGGCAAUUGUGAAGGAGAUCAACGCGCGAGCGAGAGUUGAGAUGUUCGAGAUGUUUAUGGGUGCAUCGACUACUCCAAAUGCAGCUGCUGCAAUCUGGAUCGUUGACCCAAGAAGUCUGGCAGAAGGCAUGCGCGCGGAUUCCGUAGAUGAAUGA